CUGCAGUUGCCGCGGCCGAAAUCCCGGAUCCAAAAUGGAGUCUUUGAGUAAAGCGGGGCAGGUGAUGAGCCUGGCGGCCUUAAAGCAGCACGACCCUUACAUCACCAGCAUCGCCGACGUGACGGGUCAGGUGGCCCUUUACAGCUUCAGCCCCAAAGCCAACGAGUGGGAGAAGACUGACAUAGAAGGUACCUUAUUUGUAUAUAACAGGUCUGCUUCUCCUUAUCAUGGCUUCACAAUCGUGAAUCGACUGAACAUGCAUAACUUGGUGGAGCCUGUAAACAAAGACCUAGAGUUUCAACUGCAUGAACCUUUUCUCCUCUAUAGAAAUGCUAAUUUGUCAAUUUACAGUAUCUGGUUCUAUGACAAGAAUGACUGUCAUCGAAUAGCAAAACUCAUGGCUAAAGUGGUACAGGAAGAAGCUCGGAGAUCACAGGACAGAACAAGCCCAAGGAGAACUAAUGGUUGCAGUGAAAACAAGUCAAUUGAUAUCUUAGAGAUGCUUAGCAAAGCCAAGGUUGAAUAUGACCGGACUCAGAAGAGCGAUUUAAGUUGUGGAAUGCAGCAAAGUGGAAAGGCUGAAAAUACAGAGGCUUCAGAGGUUGGAUCAUCAGUGUUACAAAUGCAAGACCAUUCAUGUCCAUCCAUCCAUAAACAUCUGACAGUAGAAGAAUUAUUUGGAACUUCAUUACCGAAGGAUCCCCUUGCAGUUCCCUAUUCUAACCCUGAGAGAACAGAGAAGUUACAGAACGACGCCUCAUGCAGAGACCACAAUUUCCUCUUACCUUUUUCAUUUGAGCAGUCAACAGUGAUCCAUCAACCUCUGGGGAAACGGGAUGGCCCAGGCUUCAAAAGUAGCUCUUGUACCUUACUGCAACAGGAAUGCGUGCCUCCCUUGCUAAUCGCUCCACCUCCAGUUUCACAGCCUGAGAUGAAUAAGGUUUCCAACUAUACUGUGCAGCUGAGUCCUGUCCUUAACUCAGCCUCUGUAGUAGAAGCUCCUUCUGUUCUAGCGCUUCAGAGUCUGCAUACAAACAGUAGCAUAAUGCAAGUCAUGCAGCAAGCUACCAAGCAAGUGUCUCCACUUGGGAGUCAUCCGCCAUCUGAGGUGAACCACGGCCCACAAAAUCUGACUCCUAGUCAAAACCACUUCAUAACAUCUUUGACGGCAGCAAAUACAGAAGCUUCAAAUGUAACUCUUCCAAAUAUGGAUCUUCUUCAAAAACUCAGGUUGACCCCACAACAUGACCAAAUGCAGCAAUCACUUAGUAAAACUCCAGUAGCCCCUAACUUUUCCUCUGCAGUUAACCAGCUGGCAACACCAGAUUGUUUCAAGGAAUCUCACAUCAAGCAGCAAGCUCUGACUGGUAAAAUGCUUCCACCUGCCCAGACUACACAGCAAGGUAAAGAACUUGAGACAUUUCCACAUCCCAAAGCUUUGUCAAAGACGAACCAAGUAUCUUCCCCGCAGUUCGUUUCAGCUACAACCACAAUGGCAUCUUCAGUCCUCUUGUCACCUAGUGUAUUCCAGCAGUCAUCUGUGAAACCUUCUGAAAUGGAAAGCAAAGCUGACUCUUCUUCUCCCCUUACGCUUGGAGUCACAGAUGUUCAAGCAUUACCUCCUACAGUUCUCAAUAGAUCUCAGCUUCAAGAAACUUUAAUCCAUCUAAUAAAGAAUGAUUCAAAUUUUCUUAGUACUCUUCAUGAAGUUUAUUUACAAGUCUUGACCAAGAAUACGGAUGGCAUCAAAUUGUAACGGAAGUUUUAUUCAUUUCCUCUGACCACCUGUCUGCUACAAAAACAAUUAUGCCUCUUCUAUCAAACUGU